AUGCGUCGAAGGAAACUGCUGUUGGGAUGUUGUGUGGGAACUGCAACCGCAACCGCGACUCCCACGGUAGCGUUCGUAUUCGACGGACGCCGCCGUCCCGCAAGCCGCAUCACCCAUCGACCGACGGGUCUCACCCCAUCGAUCUUAACAUCCGUAUCUGCACGGAAGGAUGACACGACCGAGGACUCGAUCAUCCGGAAGACGUCAGGGUACACCGAUUCGAGUGUCACCUCCAAAGGCCUCGUGACGGUGUUGACCGAUUUGGUCAAUUGGGUUGGUGGGACGAACGCGUUACGGUCCACGGUUCUCCCAGAUCCCACACAGUCACGACCACCACCGACUCGACCGUCGGAUCUGUUGGAACGCAUUCGUGCGGAUUACGUGGACAAGAAUUACUUGUGGACCGGGGAUAUCGAUUUGGCCUGUUUCGAUCCGCACUGCCGCUUUACCGAUCCGACCCUUUCCUUCGAAGGCACCGCGACGUUUGUACGGAAUAUUCGCAACCUUCGACCCAUCGUGGACGCACUCGUUGUGCCACCGGACGGUCACUGUCGCUCCGAGCUUUUGGAAAUUGAGCAACGGGACGCUGUGGACGUCAACGACAGCGAUGGUCAGGGGUACAUCGAAACGCGCUGGAACAUGGUUGGCGUACUCAAUCAACUACCUUGGCGACCCAAAAUCGACGUUAUCGGGCGGACCCAGUUUUGGUACCGACCGUGUCGAGACAAUCGGGACGACGCGGCUCUGCACGUGUACCGGUACGACGAGGAAUGGGAGAUUCCCGCCGGACGGGCUCUCCUCCAGCUUGUGACUCCCGCCGAUACCGUCCCCAACACGACGCGUGGGGUGAGGCUUGACUAGCUAGAGCGAGGUAGAUAUCUUCUUUAGAAAGGGUUAGAAAACGUCCCAGGUACGGAUGGGUCUGUGGGAAAAGCAACAUUACUACACAAGUAUAUAAAGUUGUCUAGCACUUACUAGAGAG